AUGGGAGCUCUUUUUGUUGCACCUCCCGUAUUGCCCCAUGCCGCUAUUGUGGUUCAGGGGCACGUCCCAUUAUAUCAUUGGAGAGGACAAGGAAGAGAUGCCCAGUUUCUAGGCAAACAUACUAUGCGAAAUCACACUUUCCUAUUUCUAGAUGCUUCUGAAGUUGACGCCGUAACCUCAAAUACGAUUCCAGACAUUGACCCAAAGUAUUUCUUCCGAGAUUUGCACAAAGCUUUUACAGGACUCUCGGCCCUUUCUCAACUCGGCGUAAAAGAUGUGAUUUCCCCGCUGUGGGGUGCUGGAACCUUUGGAGGCGACCCAGUCGUAAAAACCAUCAUACUGGCGGCUGCCGCAUCCCAAACCAAGGUUUUAAUACAUCUCUCUGUUGAUACAGCACGAAUUUAUCAGCCGUUCAUGCCCCACGAGGACGACCGGCCUACCGUUUUGAUCGAUUUUUUGCGGGGUUUACAGCAGACUUGGAGACAUUUGACGGUGGGAGAAAUUGUUAGUAAACUGCAUAAUGGUGAUUGGGGGCAUUUGACGAGAAAAUCAUAG